GAUAAGCACAUAUUCAUCAUGUCGGACGGAGAAGACAACCACUCAGUCGCCGCCGCCGAGGAGGUCGAGGUCAGCGCCGAUGCCAGCGCCGGCAAGGGACAAAUGUCCGUUCUUGAGGCCCUCAAGGGUGUUCUCAAGCUCGCCUUGAUCCACGACGGACUUGCCCGCGGUCUCCGCGAGGCCAGCAAGGCCCUCGACCGCCGCCAGGCACACAUGUGCGUGCUCAACGAGGCUUGCGAGGAGGAGGCGUACAAGAAGCUCGUUGUUGCGCUCUGCUCUGAGCACAAGAUCCCUCUCAUCAAGGUUCCCGAUGGCAAGCAGCUCGGCGAGUGGGCCGGUCUCUGCCAGCUCGACCGCGAGGGCAACGCCCGCAAGAUCGUCAACUGCUCCUGCGUCGUCGUCAAGGACUGGGGUGAGGAAUCCCAGGAGCGCAGCAUCCUCCUCAACUACUUCCAGACCGAGCAAUAGACGUAUCACACUUGACCUCCUUUCUCCGGGUUCGACUAU